ACUCUGGGGCGACGAUGCUGUGUCGGAGACGGGCGGUGGAAGUCUGGGUGCUACUUUUAGCAGUAGCCUGGCUUGUUGCUGCUGUCUUUGGCACCGAGCCGCAGUGUGGCACUAGUACAGCCGAGUGCACCUGCCAGCCAGGCGUGAGGGGAGAUCUCACAGCAUGUUCCAUCUGUACCUGUAAGGCUGUCGGAGAAACAGAUGUUCUCAACUGUCUGCCUACAGUGGAAGGUGGUUGGUCGGCGUGGUCAGAAUUUAGCAGCUGCAGUGUCACCUACGGGCUCGGGCUCCAGACCAGGACCCGGACAUGUGACAACCCACUACCACAAUUAAACGGUGCCAUGUGUGAAGGGUCGCUUUCAGAAACUAUGUCCUGUGAUGGUCAAGACCUCAAAAUUCGGCUAGUUGGUGGUUCAGUUGCAAAUGAAGGUCGGCUAGAGGUUGCGCUGUCUGACGGUGACAACUGGGGGACGGUUUGUGAUGACGGGUUUGACAUGAAUGAUGCGACUAUUGCCUGUAGGAUGCUGGGAUACUCUGGAGCAGUUGAAGUCCGUUGUUGCGCACAAUAUGGGCAAGGCCUGGAGAACAUCUUCAUGGAUGACAUUGAGUGUACUGGGAAUGAGAACAGCCUGUUUGACUGCCCGUACGCAGGUUGGGGAGCUAGUAACUGUGAUCACAGCGAGGACGUCGGUGUCGUCUGUAGCAGUCCGGUUAUCCAAGGUUCUCUGCAGGAAACAAAAUAA